AUGAUAGUAUCGUCGUUCAGGUUCAGACUUGUGCAUUCGUCACUUUUUGGCUUUUUGAUCGUGGCCAACUUCUUCAAGUGGCUCUUCUUUGGCAAACUUACCCCUUACGAAAUCGCCACCGUUCGGGAAAAGGCAGGUUACACAGCAUGGGAAUUCAUUUUCGGUUUUGUAGUGUUCUACAGCAGCACUGGAAGUUUUCUCGACAUAUACACGGAGCUAUUCAAGUUUGCCGGGUUGUUUCUAUGUGUAUGGCUUGUGAAGGUUUUUCAUUAUUUGACCGCUGGCCGAGUCCAGUUUGCCAAUACCGGUCAUGAGGACUAUGAUCACACAAAUGAAGAAAGAAAUAUGAACCAUAUUAACAAUGAUCAAGGUACUCAAACGUCCAUUAUAGGUCAUGGAGGCGCUGCAGGCGGCAUUCACGCUCCUUUCCUAAUUCUACGUUUGGGUUUAGGCAUUCUCUGCUUGAAUUUCGUGGACGGUUUGCUCAUCUAUCGCUACUGGUACGAUAUCAUAUUUCAAAACUACUUGAAGCAUAACGUUCUCAUCGCUAUCUUUGGCUUCGAGAUUAUGAACCAUUUCCCCAUGAUCUUGAGCACGUCAUUGCAAUUUGGUCUCAACACCUACGAGAUUCUAGCGGUGUCUCCAAGGUCUUGUGAGUGGAAAGAGUGGAAACUACGAAAGAUCCGGGCCACCUUGAUGGCAGAAUUUGUCUUUAACCUAAUUCGAUUAGCGAUGUCAUUAGUGUUUUCGCUUUUGUUUCUCUACUACUAUACGGUACCCGUGCAUAUGUUGCCCGCUGCCUAUAACAGUUUGAAGAUUGCAGUGUUGAAGACUCGCAUCUACGUGGAUUUCCGAAAACGGGAGUUUUCGCUUCAAAAACUCCGCAAGUCGGGCGUUUCGCUGGCUGAAACUUGCAUUAUCUGCUACGACGAACUCACCACUUGGCAGGAUAUCCGAGUGGUGCCGGGAUGUGGCCACACGUUUCAUUUUGAAUGUAUUCAGCUGUGGUUAGACUACCUGGUAUCGUGUCCCAUUUGCAGGGAAAAAAUAUGA